AUGGAAUUUGCCAAAACUAGUGGGAGAUAUGUUUGGAACUGCAUUCUCCAAAAUCCUGGACAAGCAUUGUCUAGAGGGCAACAACUUUCCAACGUGGUACUGCAAUAUCAAGAUAUCAUGGCUAUCAAAAAGAUUGCGUAUGUACUAGAGCAAGCUCCUGGCUCGUGUUGGGUAAUCACAUCAAGAUGUUAA